CAUCCCAACACGAAUUUUUGGUGGCAUUUGUCCUGUAAUUCCUCGUCAGCUUUCUGAUAAAUUUUCAGUUCGGUUUUUUUUUUUUUCCCCCGUUUAAGCUUCCCCCCUUGCAUUUUCUUUUCUUUUCUUUUUCCGUCAUGGUGGUUUUUAAGACAUGAACAGUAUCGUUUACAGUGAGAGUAAGCCCUCCGACAUACUGUUAACAGGACAGGAUCCUGUUUCUGUGACGAGUCUUUUAUUUUCAAUUUUUGUCGCAUGAUUCUUAAUUUUUUUUCUUUUUUUCAUCCCAUUUUAUUUUGUGGUUUCUCGUUCCACGUAAUUAGCCUGAUUUUUAAUCUAAUUGUUGUUAUUCUAUUUUAAGCUCCUGUUGAUCGUUUAAUCUCGAGAGGAAAUCGGAUUUUUUUCUCGGCAAUAAUUUUAGUUUAGCGGAGUCCGAGGCUUGAUGACUUGAUCGUCAAGUCUCCAGCAGUUUUCAGGGUUUCUGGAGGGUUUUUGUUUUUCUGUUGUGUUGGUAUUAAGUAAAGUUAUGGAGGGAAAAGAGGAAAUGGCUUCAGUUGGAGGAGGAGUUACAGUGAGGAGCGACGAAGCUCCCCCCGGCUUCAAAGCGCCACCAAUAAGCGAAAACACCGACCCUAACCCGGCCCCAAUUGACCGCCCCCCCGCAGUUUCAGAUCCGGCCGCCCCCGCCGCCGUCGCUGUGACGCCAGCGAGCGGAUCUCCUGCCGGCAGCAUAGAUGGGAAGAACAAGAAGAAGAGAGGGAGGCCCCGGAAGUAUGGCCCCGACGGGGCUGCUCUAUCGCCUAUGCCCAUUUCAGCAUCAAUUCCACUGACUGGGGAGUUCUCGCCAUGGCAACGUGGCAGGGUGGUGCCGGUGGAACCAGUCAAGAAGAAGCACAAAGUCGAGUAUGAGAGCCCAGGUAGAUGCGGACUAGGAAACAAGCUUGCAUACUUUGUAGGUGCCAAUUUCACCCCUCAUGUGAUCACUGUGAAUCCCGGUGAGGACGUUACAAUGAAGGUUAUGUCAUUCUCUCAGCAAGGAUCUCGAGCUAUUUGCGUCCUCUCUGCGAAUGGCACCAUUUCGAACGUAUCUCUUCGUCAGCCUACAUCUUCAGGGGGGACUUUGACAUAUGAGGGUCGAUUCGAGAUACUUUCGCUCUCUGGGUCAUAUAUGCCAGUUGAGAGUGGCGGAACAAUGAGCAGAUCUGGUGGGAUGAGUGUCUCUCUGGCGGGCCCUGAUGGUCGGGUCCUUGGAGGAGGUCUUGCAGGUCUAUUGUUAGCUGCUGGUCCUGUUCAGGUGGUUGUGGGCAGUUUUCUACCAGGUCAUCAGCAAGAACAUAAGCCAAAGAAGCAGAGAGUUGAGGCCCCGCCGAUCUUAACUUCUACCAUAUCUAAUCCUGUCAUUAGAGAAGAAACAGCUGCAUCAUAUGGAGGGGUCAAGCUGGUCACUGCCACGACAUCUCCCUACAAUGGAGAGAACAUAGUUCCUGUCCAGAGUUUAGGAAAUUGGAUGGGCGAAAAUAAAAUAUCUUUCUCUGCAGAAGAAUCUAAUGGCCUUAGUUGAUAAUCACUUCCACGACCUGCACAAUCACAUUUAUAUUGUGGAACUUUCUUUUUCCCUCCCUUCAAUUGGGUUUGAUAAAACAUGUGUGGUUCGACAUUUAACCGGUAAAAGGAUAUCUUUGAAGAACGAGCUAGGUUGUAAAAUUGGGUCGGGCCUAACUAGAGGCGACUCUUUAUUAGGCAUUAGUUACUAUUGUAGGACUUCUGACCAUUAACUUGAGCUAGUGGUGGCUGUAACUUAAUGCUGUCAUGUCUUGUCCCGUUCCUCUGUGGUCGUUGAUUCACUUGUAUGGAACUUCCAUUGUUUGUAACUCUGUUUGACUGUUUUAUUAUUGAUUGGUAU